UAUGGGAUGCUCGGCCGGAUAUUCGGGUGCCUAUUUAUUCAAGAUUUUUGGGACAGAUCACUUACGAAGGCCGAUGUUCGUAUAAUCAGUCUGUACACUUUCUACUCUGCCAUUUGGAUACUGUUUAGCACAUCGCUGUCAGCGGUUCUUGUGGGCAGGAUAUUUCUAUUGUCCGACAUAGCUCGCUCUUUCACCAGAUCCCUCAUGUUCAUAUUGAACAGCGUCGUGACCUUUAAGAUUGUCCUCAACUUCGCUUGCAUGGCACUGGGAUCGUCCAGGCUACUGCUGUUCCUGCGAGACUCUCAGGCCUACGAGAAAUCUGCAUAUUUGGUGCCCUUCGAAGACCCCAUUAACCGAGGGCGAAUGUUGCGUGUUCGCUUGAGAAAAAUCGCCAGCCUGGUGGUGCUGGUCAUCGUCUAUGGCUUGGCCAUCCGGAUUUACGUGGAUAGCGCGAUGCAGGACAGCAGGAAACAGUGGCGCAUUCCUCUCUUGAUCUGCAGCUUUUUCACGAUGUUCGUCUUCCUAUUAUACGACUCUUUAGCGUACGUUAUCCUCAGCUCGUGCUCAGCAGUCUUGGCUGAGUACCUGCGCGUCGAAUUGGUAGCCCUAGGCGGGUGCGUGACGCCUCGUCGAGUGGAGGAGGUGAGGCUCAGGCUUUCCGCCAUCAAGAAGCUCAAGCGCUCUCUGAACGAAAUCUGGCAUCCGGCGCUGGCUGUUUGGUCAGCGUGCCUCGUACUGGUGCUCUGCAUAACCCUAUACGCCAUCUUCGACGGCGACAUUGGGCAGCCCGAGGUCUUGCUCGCUUUGGCCUACUCUGCUUACGCCUCGAUGAGCUUCGCUGACCUCGCCAUCUUGAGCCAGUGUUUGAGUGAUCUGGCACGACAGUUGAAAAAUGCCGCACUCCAUGUGGAAAUGACCGGAGCAGCAGAAUCCUACAAGGAACAGGUAGCUUAGGCGCUCAGAACGGUCGACCCUGAGUCCUUGUGCUUCACAGGGGGAGGCUUCUUCCGCCUCAACAAGACUCUCCUGGUCUCUAUGGCUGGCUCCAUCAUCACCUACGCCGUCAUUCUAGUGCAGACAAGCGACGAACUCGCCGAACAUGUAGAUGUCUCAAGGCUGGUCUGAAGACAACUCGAGCCGGCAAGCCUGAAAUGGCACACGUGUGAAAAAUCGGCCUCGAUCACUAAACGAAUCCACGCGCAAGUGAUGGGAAAGCUGCGUCGACGAAGUUGAGCUGGCAUGAAGCGGAACAUACGCACGAGAACUUCGAAAUCCUACGGUGAUGUCAUAAGGCGCUUUGUUUGAUAUGGUAAAAUAAACGUCAAGUGAAUUUAUUUCUUACAA